GUCGCCCUGGGGCCGGGCGGGCAACCGGGAAAUCGCGGCGCUUGGAUGCCUGGAGCCCGCGGCAGAGACCCAGCCCCGAGCCCGCCAUGGGCUGCUGCGGGAGCGCCGCCUCGCAGAGCUCCAAGCGAGAAUGGAAGCCACUGGAGGAUCGCAGCUGCACAGAUAUUCCAUGGCUGCUGCUGUUCAUUCUCUUUUGCAUUGGCAUGGGUCUUAUUUGUGGCUUUUCAAUAGCUACUGGAGCAGCUGCAAGAUUGGUUUCAGGAUAUGACAGUUAUGGAAAUAUCUGUGGACAGAAGAAUAUAAAAGUAGAGGGAAUAGACAACAGUGGCUUAGACCUCUCAGAAAAGAAGUAUGUAUUUUUUUUGGAGCCAUGCAAUGUAGAUCUGGUGCAUCGGAAGAUCAAGUCCAUUGCCCUCUGUGUGUCAGCAUGCCCACAGACCGAACUGAAAACUCUGGCUGAUGUUCAGAAAUUUGCAUAUACUAAUGGGUCUACUUUAUGUAGCUAUGAACUAAAGCCAUCUGAAUACACUACUGAUUCAAGGGCUGAUAAGCUUUGCCCCAAGCUCCCAGUUCCAGAGAGUGCACCUAUUCCAUUCUUCCAUCGCUGUGCUCCUGUGAACAUUUCCUGCUAUGCCAAGUUUGCAGAGGCCCUGAUCACCUUUGUCAGUGACAGUAGUGUCUUGCACAGGCUGAUUAGUGGAGUAAUGACCUGCAGAGAGAUUAUAUUGGGACUUUGCUUGUUAUCACUAGUGCUUUCUAUGAUUAUGAUGGUGAUAAUCAGAUAUAUUUCAAGAGUGCUUGUUUGGAUCUUAACAAUUCUUGUUGUUCUGGGAUCACUUGGUGGCACAGUAGUUUUGUGGUGGCUGUAUGCUAAACAGAGGAAGGCUCCCUCUGACACUCUUACUAUUGAUCAGCUCCAAAUAGCCAAAGACAAUCGCCAGGCCCUCCUGAUCUAUGCCAUUGCAGCUACAGUCUUCACCGUUAUCUUACUGUUGAUAAUGUUAGUUAUGCGCAAACGAGUAGCUCUCACCAUUGCCUUGUUCCAUGUGGCUGGCAAGGUCUUCAUUCACCUGCCACUACUCGUCUUCCAGCCAUUUUGGACGUUUUUUGCCCUCAUACUCUUCUGGAUUUAUUGGAUAACAGUCCUGCUCUUCCUAGGUACUACAGGUAGCCCGGUCCAAAAUGAACAGGGCUUUGUAGAGUUCCGAGUUGCAGGCCCCCUGAAGUACAUGUGGUGGUAUCACGUUGUGGGGUUAGUUUGGAUCAGUGAAUUUAUCCUUGCCUGUCAACAGAUGACUGUAGCAGGAGCUGUUGUGACAUAUUAUUUUACAAGAGAAAAAAGGAAUCUGCCAUUUACACCUAUCCUAGCAUCUGUCAAUCGCUUGAUCUGUUACCACCUAGGAACUGUGGCGAAAGGUUCUUUCAUUAUUACCUUAGUGAAGAUUCCACGGAUGAUACUCAUGUAUAUUCAUACCCAAGUCAAAGGAAAAGAAAAUGCCUGUGCUAGAUGUAUUCUGAAAGCCUGCAUUUGCUGCCUUUGGUGUCUAGAAAAGUGCCUGACUUACUUAAAUCAGAAUGCGUACACAGCCACUGCUAUCAACAGCACCAACUUCUGCACCUCAGCUAAGGACGCCUUUGUGAUACUAGUGGAGAAUGCUUUGAGAGUGGCUGCCAUAAACACAGUGGGAGACUUCAUGCUCUUUCUGGGAAAGGUCCUAAUAGUGUGCAGCACAGGCUUGGCAGGAAUCAUGCUGCUAAACUACCAGCAGGAUUAUACCGUGUGGGUGCUGCCGCUCAUCAUUGUUUGCCUGUUUGCAUUUUUGGUUGCCCACUGCUUCCUGUCCAUUUACGAAAUGGUAGUGGAUGUCCUUUUCUUAUGUUUUGCCAUUGACAACAAGUACAAUGAUGGCAGCCCUGGGAAGGAAUUCUACAUGGAUAAAGUUCUUAUGGAAUUUGUGGAGAACAGCAGAAAAGCAAUGAAAGAAGCUGGCAGGGGAGGGGGACCAGAAGGCAGGGAGCUCAAACCAAUGGCCUCUGGAGCAAGUUCAUCUUGAAACUAGUCAGCCAUUAUGGAAACCAUUGACAUUCCAAAACAAUAUUUAUCUUAUCUAUCUAGCUCUCUCUAUAUAUCUAUAUAUAUUAUUUAAAAAGCAGCCAAAAUCAGAGAAAAGGAACAGGGAUUUAAUACUUUUUUAAUGAUUAUUUUUGUGAAACAUGUACUUUUCAUACGGGUGGCUUUUACAAGCAACUUUUCUCAUUGUUCCAUUUAAAAAUCUAAUCAUUGUGGUUCAUGACAAUGUUAUGAUUGUAAUCUGAUUGAGAUAUUUCAUAAUUUGGAGGAGAAUUCCAUAAUACCUAAAAAAAAUCAUGCAAGAUUGCAGAUUUGGAAUAACGUAAGUGGGUCAACUACUUUCCCCUCACGGUUAUUUUUAAUGAGCAUAACUCUUAAAACUCAAUAGAUAAUGACUGUUCUGGGGGAACAAAUCCUUCAUAGAUUUUUUUGUUUUUAGAACUGGAAUGAAUAAUACAUUAAUCAUCUUGGAUUUUGCUUGCUCUUUUGCAAUGGGAUGCUAAUAAGAUCCAGUAAGUUCAGCAUAUCCAGUUUUCUCUCAUUAACACAUUAGACCAUUUAUAUCUAACACGUUUAAAAAAAACCUAACCAACUCCUCAGGUAUUUAAAUAUUGAGAUGGCCCCUAAAUCUGUGAAGGACAAAUUAAAGGCAUAUGAGGGAGGAUGAGUUUUAUAUGCAACUUUCGUCCUGUGUUGUUUUGUUUUCCCCCUUAAGUUUAAUAUUGUCCUUUGUACACUGUCAUUUCUUUGAACUACGCAAACUCUUUAAGUAAGCAGUUGAAUAAUAGGUAUCUAAAGCUUAGCCUUAGAUAUGUUCCAUCAUCCAUGCCUACAUGGAAGAUGCUAGGAGUACAGAGAGAAACCAUACAACUAUACAAAACAAAUUAAGUACUGUAACUCAUUUGUGCUUUUCUUUACUGUUGACAUUAUUUCUUGAUUAUGCUUUCAUAAUAUGUUUGGUAAGUAGUGGAGUACAGUGGGCAAGAGCAGAUAAACAUCUUUUUAAAAUGUCGCUGCCUUAGUAUCUAACAUAGUUCUUAGGGUAGUCUCUGCACAUUCAUUUUAAUGUAUCUGUGAGUCACAUGAAUACUUCAGAAACUUUGGGAAAGCAAUAUGUUUGUUCUUUCUUACCAUCCCACAACUCUGGAUGAAGAGAGGAUCAGUCUUCUCAGUUACUCCAACAGCAAAAGAUUUUUAUUGAUGGCGCAGCCUGCAUACUAAAAUGUGCCAGCUGCCUACAAAAGUAGGGGGAUGGAGACAUGUGAAGCCAUGUGGAAGGAACUCUUCCUCCUCCUCCUCUUUUUCCCUGUGCUGAAACUGCUUUACCCCAGCAGUUUUUCUCCUAAUCUUAGACCUCAUCGGGAGAAAAGGGCUGGUAGAAAACACACAGGUGGAAGAAUGGUCCGGUGACCUUUACUGCCCACCCAUGCUGCACUUUAAAUCCCCCCACAAUCCCUCCACUUCUUGGGCACAGCCCCCAUUCCAAUACACAGACCAAUUUCCAGUAUAAUGGAAACACAUGGCAAUUUCUCUUGUAUCUCUUCACUCAAAGACUUGAUAGUCAUAUUAAGCAAAGAUUCGGGAAAGCGUUUCUUUCUGUGUUGGUUUUCUGGACAGCUUUUUUUUCUACGAUGGUUGAACACAGUAUCAUUGCAGAAGAGCCAAUGGUCUAUCCAGUCCCAGACUAUAUUCAUACAGUGGCCAACCAGUUGCUUCUGGGAAGCCCACAAGUAGGAUAUGCAGAAGCACCCUUUGACCUGUGUUCCCUCAGCAAGUGACAUACAGAGCCAUAUUGUCACCUCUAGUGGAGGUAAUAUAGGCAGCUUGACUUACAGAGACUGAUGGCCUCCUCCUUCAUGAAUUUGGCAAAUGCCCUUUUAAGCCAUCCGAGUUGGUGGACCAUCACUACAUCUUGUGGUAGUGAAUUCCAUAGUUUAUGCACUAUUUGAAGAAGUGUGUUGGUUUCCUGUUAGUGCAAAUAUGUAGAGACAUCUGAUGCUUCAUAGAGACUUCAACAAUUGAUCUGUAAUUGAUAUCUUCAUUUGUAUGGAUCAUGUAGACUGAUUUUUGAAAUGUUUCUAUGAAUGGAUUAUCUUGGUGAUGGAAAGAUUUUAUGCCCCAGUUUUCUCAGGAGACCUCCUUUUAAUUCCUCUACUCCACAGUGGAGUCAGGUGAGACUAUUUUGUCCGCAAGCUUUUAAUGUUGAGGUGUGUUUCUUACCAUACCCGAUUUGCUUUUAAAGCUUGAUUCAGUACCACUCAUUCAUCGCAAGGCCAAAUCUUACUCUAAACCAGCUCAUGUAGUGAGGCUCAAGUUCUAUUUAACAGUGCAAGAUGAAAUGAAAAUGCUGCCUCUUCCCUUUAUGUAACUUUCAUUACAUGGCAACAGCAGAUGAUUUAAUAAGAAUGCUCCUGGAAUAUAUGGGGUGCAGGGAGAUGGAGUUGCACAUGUGAACGCCUACUCCAGUGUACACCAAAAAUAACUGCACAGAGAAAGCCUGCAUGUCAAGUAGAAGAUUGGGCUAGAAUCUUUCUCCCUGGCAUCUAGUUUUCUGUGUGCUGAGUGUUCUUUUUAUAAGAACCCAUUUAACCAUGCUGUCCUCUACCCUGCAGUCUGAUGUGGUAUGGUUCUGAAACAGGUUUGGCUAUCUCAUAUGCUUUUAGUAUAACCAGGCCAUAGAAAUUGGCAGAAAUAGGGAUGUUGGGAAAAUCUGCAAUAAAUUCCAGUGGGUUUGGAUUUCUAUGAAUCCUACCCAUGGAUUUAGCAGCAGACCAACAUUUCCCAAGAUUCGCAGACCUUUUUUUAAACUUUCUGUAAUUAUACAUACAUUUAUCCAUAAAAAGUACCAAAAAUAAAAAAAGAUUAAAAAUGUGCUUUCCUCCUCUAGAAUAAAGCAUGGAAAUGCAUAUUUGGAGGUGGGGCAUUUGCGCAUUUUUGGAAGUGCAGACUUGUGCAAAUGCGUAUGAAGUUUUUUUUUCAAGUCUCAUUCCCUCAGCAAGCAGACAAUGGCGUAAAAUGCACCUGACAAUCCACACAACGGAAAUAGAACAGAACUAACCAAGUCUGUACAUCUCCAGCAAAAGCACCGCUGGUAGACAUUGCUUUCCAGAAGACUCCAAAGUUUGACAGGGCUCGAUUCCUAUUAAUAUGAAUGGUCAGAGGUCUCUUGAAGAACUUUGUUACUGGUUAAUAGCUUUCAUGUAUCAAGUAACAAGAACUUAAUCAUAUUUUGUGUGUUAAAUUCCGUUCUUCAUUCCUGAAAUUUAUUACACAGUGAAUGCUAAUACUCCAUUGUUUGGCUUAUUGUAAUGGUAAACGCUUACAGUGUACUUGCAGAGAAUAAUUUCAUGAUCUGUUUAUGCUAUAUAUUCCUUUUUGUUACAAUUUUUUUAAAAGAACUAUUUUUGUUAAUGUAAAGUUAAAUAUUUCAGAGCAGAAUUUUUAAACUUAAUUGCACUAAAUGCAGAUGUGGAUAAAGAAAGAGAAGUAAUGCCUCAAUGGUUGGAUCACUCCUUAAGAGAAACUUUUUGAAAAAGAGAGCUAUUGUUCUAGAUAAGCUUAGCUAAAUGGUUGCAAGAAUGGGUGUAGAAACACCUGAUAGAGUUGAAUGGCCACCAAUGUUUAUAUAAAUGGCUGCUUUGAUUCUGUGCUUCCUUUCCAAGGAUCAGAAAGUUUUUAAAAUGGCUGCUGAAGGAAACAUAGCAUUCUGUAAUUAACUGGUGGUCUUUGCUGUGUAACUAAAUGCUUCAGUUUCAUUUUUAUAAAUCAUCUGACAUCAUAACCUUUUCAGACUAACUGCAAUAAAAUUCAGGACAAAGAAGAAGAAUCCUUUCUCUAUCAGUCACAGAAACCAAUCAUGGAAGUACAUUUUAAGACUAACAAACUAGAUUAACCUCUGUUCCUGCUAACAUGUUGUCCCAACCUGCUUCACUUUACUAACCAUGAAUAAUGCCAUGAAGUUUUAUAUGUCUGUUGACAGGAAUCAAGUUUUGAAUGCAUGUGUGUUAGCAGGAACCAAGGCAUUAGUCUAGGCUUAAACUAGAGCACUGCUUUAAGUCUCUUUUGAUGUAUAUAUUACAUAUUACUGUAAGGAUAUUUAGGAGGAGAGUUAAGAGGAGCCUUAAUUUGUGGGAGGAAGUGCAAUGGCUCUGUCACGGCACUGGACUUUGGACACAGUUUCCUUAAGUCACCAGGGUUUGGCAACAACAGCAAAAGACACCUGGGCUCAGCAGGUUGAAAACCACAGAAGCUGUAUUCCUACACAAGCGAAUUGGAGGGUCCCUUAGGUGGUUCCUCUGAGGUCAUCAGAAAUCGUCACUCAAGAAGAGAGGCUUGGAUUUGGCUCACCUUUGACAUCAUCAAAAAAACUGCUUUGCCCAGUUCCACAGGCUUGUGUUCUGUGUUUGCUGGAUGCCCUGGGAAGAGAGAAGUUUGGUUUGAACUUGCAACUAGAAUUGUAAUCAGAAACAAAAAUUUUGUAUUUUUGUAUACCUUGAUUGUGCAGCAUUUUUAUAUACAGGUCUUGUUUUACAAAUAAAUUUGGUUUCUUAA